CAUCCCGGGUCACGUGACGAACGGACUCCUCUCUCCGAGUUGUUCCCAUCUCCCACAGUCAUGGCGGCGUCGGGGAGUCGCGGAGAUGGAGUAAACACCACCGCUUCUACAUCUUGAUUGUUCCAUUCCUCCCCCGUAACCUCUCGCUGGAUCGUUUCCUGCUGCCGUUCGAGAUAUUAGAUCCACCCCGCUGGCUGACGAGCUUCCCACGAUGUCCGACCGCGGCGUUGAUCUGUCGGCUCUGCCUAAAGAGGUCAGGGACCAGCUGGCGGAGCUGGACCUGGAGCUGUCCGAAGGUGACAUCACUCAGAAGGGCUACGAGAAGAAGAGGACCAAACUUCUGGCUCCCUUCAUAAUCCAAACUCCAGUGGCGCCCCCUCAGAAUGAUGCACAGCCUUCUGCUCCCAGUUCGUCCAGCCAUGCCCCCGCCCCUGCCAACUCAUCCCGGUACCGUGAACGCCGCUCUCGCAGGACACAUCGUAAUGGAGGAACCAGGGAUGACCGCUACAGAUCAGAUAUCCACACUGAGGCUGUCCAAGCUGCACUGGCUAAAAACAAAGAGGAAAAAAUGGCACUUCCUAUGCCAACCAAGCGGCGCUCCACUUAUGUGCAGUCCCCCAUUGAAACCCGCACACCUCCAGAUUCCUCGUCAGGAUCUGAAGAUGAGACAUCUGCCCGCAGACAGUCUUCAGUGGUCGCUCCCCAGCCUCAAGUCCAUCCCUACCUGCAGAGCCCAGACUACUGGAUGAACCGCUCCGCCCAGGGCUCCUCCACCUCAUCCUCGGCCUCCUCCACGCUGUCACAUGGAGAGGCCAAACCUCAGCCUCAGAGCCAACCUCAGCCUCAGCCUCAGUACAAGCCGCAGUACCAGCCCUUGUACCAGCCUCACCAUCAACCUCUGCAGCAACCUCAGCAGCUCCCUCACCGCCAGCCUCAGGAGCAGAGUCGCACUGCAGCCGUGACUGACAUGCUGGCUCUCAGUCGCAUUGCUCCUUCUGAGAACAGCGCCCCCCCUCCGGAUGUGACCGCUGUGGCUCCCCCAUCCAGAGGCCCACGGGUGGACCUGCCCUCCAACGCCGUCGCCCGAGGGAUGAGCCGCGGCCACAGCCGCUCCAGCAUGAUGGAGACUGCUGAUGGGAGAGGUAAUAUGCAGAGAGUUCCUGUGAACAGCAGAGUUUCCACAAAGAUCCAGCAGCUGCUAAACACCCUGAAGAGGCCAAAGAGACCCCCACUCAGUGAGUUCUUCACCGAUGACUCUGAGGAGAUCGUCCAAGUGCCCCAGCCGGACCCCAACACACCCAGGCCAGAGGGCCGUCAGAUCAUCCCAGUGAAAGGGGAGCCUCUGGGAGUAGUCAGCAACUGGCCCCCAGCCCUGCAGGCGGCGUUAGCUCGUUGGGGGGCCACUCAGGGAAAGAGCCCUGCUCUCACUGCUCUGGACAUCACGGGCAAGCCUCUCUAUACCCUGACUUAUGGGAAGCUGUGGAGUCGCAGUGUGAAGCUUGCGUACACCCUCCUGAACAAGCUGGGCACCAAGAACGAGCAAAUCCUCAAACCUGGAGACAGAGUGGCGCUGGUGUACCCAAACAGCGACCCAGGCAUGUUCUGGGUGGCCCUCUACGGCUGUCUCCUGGCUGAAGUCAUACCUGUACCCAUUGAGGUGCCGCUGUCUCGCAAGGAUGCAGGUAUCAGCCAGGUGGGCUUCCUGCUCGGCAGCUGUGGAGUUGGUCUGGCUCUUACAAGUGAGAUCUGCUUGAAAGGUCUACCCAAGACCCCCACUGGCGAAAUACUGCAAUUCAAAGGUUGGCCUCGAAUGAAGUGGGUGAUAACAGACUCUAAAUACCUGACCAAGCCGUCCAAAGACUGGCAGCCACACAUCCCCACAGCUAACACUGAUCCUGCAUAUAUUGAGUAUAAGGCCAGUAAAGAGGGCACGGUGGUUGGUGUGGCUGUCUCUAAAGUGGCCAUGUUGACCCACUGUCAAGCACUGACCCAGGCCUGCAACUACUGUGAGGGGGAAACCUUAGUGAAUGUCCUGGACUUCAAGAAGGAUAUGGGCUUAUGGCAUGGUGUUCUCACUGCUGUAAUGAACAGGAUUCACACCAUCAGUGUUCCCUAUGCUGUAAUGAAAGCAUGUCCUCUCUCCUGGGUACAGAGGGUGCACAUGAAUAAAGCUCGUGUAGCUUUGGUGAAGUGCCGGGAUCUACACUGGGCCAUGAUGGCUCACCGGGACCAGAGAGAUAUCAGCCUGGCUUCGCUACGAAUGCUCAUUGUUGCUGAUGGUGCUAACCCCUGGUCUGUCUCUUCCUGUGAUGCCUUCCUGAAUCUGUUUCAGUCUUAUGGACUAAAGCCUGAGGUUAUCUGCCCCUGUGCCGCCUCUCCCGAGGCCAUGACAGUAGCUAUACGCCGGCCGGGGGUCCCAGGUGCACCCCUCCCGGCUCGUGCCAUCCUUUCCAUGGGCGGCCUGAGCUAUGGGGUCAUCCGGGUCAACACUGAGGACAAGAACUCCGCUCUGACCGUACAAGAUGUGGGACACGUCAUGCCUGGAGCUCUGAUGUGUAUAGUUAGGCCAGAUGGACCUCCUCAGUUGUGUAAAACCGAUGAGAUAGGAGAGAUAAUAAUCAACUCCCGUGCUGGAGGCAUGAUGUACUACGGCCUACCUGGACUCACCAAAAACACUUUUGAGGUGAUACCCGUUAAUGCUAAUGGAGUUCCUAUUGGAGAGAUUCCAUUUGUGCGGUCAGGACUCCUGGGGUUUGUUGGCCCAGGCAGUCUGAUCUUUGUGGUGGGGAAGAUAGAAGGCUUGCUAAUGGUGAGCGGGCGGAGGCACAACGCUGACGACCUGGUGGCCACCGCUCUCGCUGUGGAGCCAGUUAAGACUGUGUACCGUGGGAGGAUCACUGUGUUUUCAGUCACAGUCUUUUAUGACGAGAGGGUAGUAAUUGUUGCAGAGCAAAGGCCAGACGCCAGUGAGGAGGACAGCUUCCAGUGGAUGAGCAGAGUGCUUCAGGCUAUCGACAGCAUUCACCAGGUUGGCCUCUACUGUCUGGCUCUGGUCCCGGCCAACACCUUGCCCAAAACGCCCCUUGGUGGUAUCCACAUCUCGGACACCAAGCAGUUCUUUUUGGAUGGGAACUUGCACCCCUGCAACAUCUUGAUGUGUCCCCAUACGUGUGUCACUAAUCUGCCAAAGCCCCGCCAGAAGCAGCCAGUCGGUGUAGGUCCUGCAUCCGUCAUGGUGGGCAACCUGGUAGCAGGGAAGCGGAUCGCCCAGGCUGUAGGGAGGGACCUUGGCAUGAUCGAAGACCAGGAUCUUGUCCGAAAGCUCUGUAUGUGGCCCACAGUGAUGCACCAGUAUUUGACUGAAGCUCUUCAAUGGAGGGCCCAGACAGACCCAGACCACGCCCUCUAUGUUCUCCUUAACGCAAAGGGUGUAACAGUUGGGACGGCGACCUGCGUCCAGCUCCACAAAAGAGCAGAGAAGAUAGCAGCUGCCCUUUAUGAGAAAAGCAGCAUUAACACAGGGGAGAAUGUUGUGCUGCUCUAUCCUCCUGGGAUCGAUUUGAUCGCGGCCUUCUAUGGUUGUCUCUACGCUGGUUGUGUUCCGGUCAACGUCAGGCCUCCGCACCCUCAGAACCUGGCAGCGACUCUGCCUACUGUUCGGAUGAUUAUUGAUGUCAGUAAAGCUGCGUGCAUCCUCACAACGCAGAACCUCAUGAGAACUCUGCGAUCCAAAGAGGCUGCAGCCUCAGUCAACAUAAAAACCUGGCCAACCAUCAUUGAUACAGAUGAUCUUCCUCGCCGCCGGCCCCCGCAGAUCUAUAAGCCUCCCACAGCAGAGAUGAUAGCUUAUCUGGACUUCAGCGUCUCCACCACGGGUAUGCUUACUGGAGUCAAGAUCUCUCAUGCAGCAGUCAGUGCCCUUUGUCGCUCCAUAAAGCUUCAGUGCGAGCUUUACUCAUCUCGCCAAAUAGCCAUCUGUCUGGAUCCUUACUGUGGUCUGGGCUUUGUCUUGUGGUGUCUUGCGAGUGUAUAUUCUGGUCACCAGUCCAUCUUAAUUCCUCCUUUUGAGCUUGAGAGCUGCUUGUCUCUGUGGCUGAGCACGCUCAGUCAGUACCGCAUUAGAGACACCUUCUGCUCCUACUCUGUUAUGGAGCUGUGCACUAAAGGACUGGGCACUCAGACGGAGUUACUGAAGGCCCGGGGGGUGAACCUGUCAUGUGUGCGGAGCUGUGUAGUGAUAGCAGAGGAACGUCCUCGUCUUACCCUCUCGCAGUCCUUCUCCAAGCUGUUUAAGGAUUUGGGACUGUCGGCCAGGGCUGUCAGCACUGCUUUUGGCUCCAGAGUUAACCUUGCAGUCUGCCUGCAGGGAACCACUGGUCCUGAUCCCUGUACGGUGUAUGUGGACAUGAAGUCUCUGCGGCAUGACAGAGUGAGGCUGGUGGAGAGAGGAGCACCUCAGAGUCUUCCUCUGAUGGAGUCUGGCAAGAUACUACCUGGUGUCAGGGUGAUCAUUGUGAAUCCAGAGACAAAAGGCCCGCUUGGUGAUUCUCACCUGGGGGAGAUUUGGGUGAACAGCCCCCACAAUGCCAGCGGUUAUUACACAAUCUACGGAGAGGAGAGUCUUCAGGCCAACCACUUUAACACCAAACUCAGCUUUGGAGACCCACACACUUUAUGGGCCCGGACUGGAUACUUGGGUUUUGUAAAGAGGACAGAGCUUUUGGAUGCAAGUGGAGAUCGGCACGAUGCCCUAUUUGUGGUGGGCUCGCUGGAUGAGACUCUAGAGCUACGAGGGUUACGUUACCACCCUAGUGACAUCGAAACUUCUGUGUCACGAGCUCACCGUAGUAUUGCUGAGAGUGCCGUGUUUACGUGGACCAACCUGCUGGUGGUGGUGUCGGAGCUGUGCGGGUCAGAGCAGGACGCGCUGGACCUCGUGCCCCUCAUCACAAACGUGGUCCUCGAGGAGCACCACCUCAUUGUGGGCGUGGUGGUGGUCGUCGACCCAGGCGUCAUACCCAUCAACUCCAGGGGAGAGAAGCAGCGCAUGCACCUCCGCGACUCGUUCCUCGCUGACCAGCUGGAUCCCAUCUAUGUUGCGUACAACAUGUGAGGAGCUUGUGGCCAUUGGGGUUUUAUUUUAGGACGUGUCUUCUGCAACAUCGUACCAAUGACCGGGCUCGACAGAGAGUGCGUGCGUGCAUGCGUGUGUGUGUGUGUGCGGAGCAGAAAAGCAUGAAGCACGUGUACAGACACACAGCCCUGUGUGACACCAGCAUAUCUACACCACUGCAUGUCUGUGUUUGGGGUUAAACACUGUUUUUUUUAUAGUAACAUAAUUUUGCAAACAAAGCAGUUAACAUAUGCUGCAAAAUGAAAAGCAAAGUCUCUGAUGCACUUUUUUGUGGAGAAAUGACAAAAUAAGGCAACAGGUCACUUUGAUAAAAAAAUACAGUCCUGUCUUAUAAAGUCUUUCCUCUUCAUGUCCACACAGAACUAAUCUUAACACAACUUGAUGUAUUUUUGUACAUGCAGCUUUUAAGCAAACUCACACAAACGCAUCUCCUGAGCCCCGUUCACUUAAUUUCUCAGCAACAUGGAUAAGUCAUGGAGAACAGAGGACAAGCCAUGAGGCCAGUGUGCAUAUUUAAAAAUCUAUUUUCCCUCCUUUUAUUGAAGCCAAAUAGAUAUUCCUGCUUUGAUAUAUUUCUUGCCUUACAAAACUUCAGCCAUAUACAUUCCUAUCUUAACUUUUAUUGAAUUUGCUGUUAUCGGCUUCGUAUUCUUCCUUGACCAGUGGAGUAAAUGUUCUGACAAAUAUCCAAAAAGGAUGAGAACAAAAUAAAAGAGCCCAUAUUCUGUACUGUAACAACUGUAUUUUCGAUACUGUAUGUCACUGUAUAGAUAUUUUUAUGUGUAUAAAUGUAUAAUUAUUUUGCUCACUUCUCUCAGCUGAUCUUUCUGAAUAUAUAACCGAGCUGGGAGGCUGUAACAGUAGCAGAAAGACGAUUGUAAAUAAGAUUAAACAGUUAAAUAUACUUUUGUUGGAGCAUAUUAGCUACAUGAGGGACGGGAAGAUAAACAACUUUAAAUCAUUGUGUGUCUGUAUGGAUAUAACGUUGCACUUUUUAAAGAAAAAAACUAUUUUAUUAUAACAAUGAGGCAUUAUGAGCAUAUGGUUCAGGAGCAUGUUAUUCUGAGGAGAAUAAUCCAAGUUUACUGGGAGGGCUCUCACUGUUAUUGCAGGAACUUUCCCCAUUACUGUCUGCAAGGAAGGUUGCAAAACUAAUAAUAUGACUGUUUUCAGGCUGAUGGGCUAAUUUGUAAACAAAAACAAUCUAAAAAUGAUGUUUAUCCCACAUCCAUGGCCACCAUGCUGCCAAACAGACAUGUUCCUCUCAAUUGUGUGAAACAUUUUGGAACGAUAAGUUCAAACCUCGUUCCUCUCAGUGCACAUAAGUUCCAACUGUAUUUUUUUUUCUGUGUGUGUUUGUGCGACGUUUUGUAUAUAAUUACUUUGAAUUCUAAAAGCAUUGUCGUUCGUACGCUAGCCAGCAAAAGGUAUGUGUCAUAAAUUAUUUUCUGUAUUCAGUCACUGGAAUUUGAAGCACUUGAAGGCAGCUGCAAAGCUGAGCCACAUGUAAGGCGCUGUCGAGGGGAGAAUAAAAAUACGGCAUUUCGUCAAAAUGUUCUGUUCAGAGGUUUAUAUCCUAUCGAAGGCGUGAAUGUUGUAUUAAUUUGGGUUAUUUGAAAUGUUUGUUAAAUGUUUAUACAACAAACAGCUUUUAUGAUUUUUGAAAAGCAAAACUUGGGUGCACAAGUAAGAAUUUUCUCUAAUCUACACAGGGUCAAGAUGACAAAAAAAGGCUUAAAUAUAUUCAUACAGCCCCAGUAAUAUUUUGCUAAGUAUUCUCGUGAGACUUACGUCUCUACUAAAUGCUUUUGGUAGCCAUCAGAAGGUUUCUAUCAUAAUUCUGGCUGAUUAUUUAACCACUCUUUUUGGCAGAACCAGUACGGUUUAUUUAAAUUGUUUUGUUUCCUGACAUAGACCUUUUCAAGUAUAGUCUAUAAGUUUUCACUGGGGUUGAAGUUCGGGUUAUUCCAGAAGCUUACAGUUAGCCUGCUUUAUCCAUUCCUAAGCCAGUUUUGAUGUGUGUUUGGUAUCAUUGUCCUGUUGGAACACCAGGCCGUGUCCAGAUCUUAACCAUCUAGCUGCUGAUUUUUUCACUUAGUUUAUUUUUAUAGGGACCAGUGUUCAGAUGUCAUCGCUUGCAGCCUAAGCUAAUUUACAAUGCAUGUCCCCAGUUGAGCUUUUGUCCAUUCAUCCUUUGUCUAUAGUCCAAUCCAUGUAGAUCAUGGUGGGGGAGCCGGAGUAACCAGAGAGAAUGUGUGCACAGGGAGAACAUGCAAACUCCAUGCAGGCAGAACCCAGGUCGAAAUUCAAACCCAGGUUCUUCUUGUAGCAAGGGAACCAUGCACUUAGCCAUUGAGACCCAGGAGUAUAUAAAUGCAAAACACAAUCCCGACCUCGAUUUGAUUGAAGAUUUAUUAUUAUGUUUUAAAGCCAGGUCCGUGCCAGGAAACCAAAUAAAAAUAAUUGACAAUCAAUUCUAUCAAGAAGAGAAAUUGAAUUGGGUUUUAUGCAUAUCAUUAAGCUAAUAUAAAUCAUUUUGAUCUAAUACAGAUUAGAGAAAAUUUAUGGAAAUGCAAACGUUUGCACCUAAUUUUAAAAAUCAAUGCAGUUUUGUUUUGUAUGUUGAUUUAACCCCGAAAAGACAACGGUUAAGAUCAAAUUAUUGUGAAACCAAGAGAAGUGUAUUUCAACAUCUGAUCAGCAAUAAUGUGCUUUCCUUGUGCUUUUUCAUUUAAAUACCAUUUGUAAUGGCUUGCAUAGUAUUUCAGUGAAAGUUUUGUGUCGGCAUUUAAUUGUUUUUAUUCUUCUUUUAAUUUUGUCAGACUUUGCAGUUGCCCCAUUUUACCGUUCAAACAAGUCAAGCCUAAUUUUUGAGAGAUUUGUAAACCUUAAAGAUGAUCACUAAUGAACUUUUUAAUAAUGUACUUUGCACUGUUUAAUAAUUUUUGGCACAUCCUCCCCUUACAUAAAGUAGUGCCCCAUAUUAGCCCACCUCUAACCAAGAAGGGUCCAAUAGCACUUCAUCUUAGCUUCAACACUUUGUCUUACAGUUGCAGCAGAAUGUUGGCAUGACUCGGCCACGAAGGAACUGGCUCGAGGUACUUCUCAUUGUUGAUAUAGUAGGAGAGGUGAACAGGUAUGAAACUGUACUUUCAGGGAGUAAAACUGGUAAAACAGGGCUGGACCUGGUGAUCUAACAAGUGUGAGGGCAGGAUCCAUAACCUGGAUAUUUGACAAAAAUAAGUCUCCUUUAUCAGAGACUUGAGAUGACAACCAGAAUCCAUCUACCUGCUUUGCUGGGAAGUCUACAAGGGCUUCUUCUGGUUCCUACUCUUUUAUUUCUUUUUCAAUUUUAAAAUCCUUACACUAUGCAAUCCUAAUGAUGGUGCAAUUUAAUUUUAAAGCUUGCACAAUAUGGAAAAAUCAACAUGAUGCUAAUUUUUUAAAGACUUAAAAGGAACUAAUAAAAUGUACCCAGUAGUGUACUUAAGAUUGCAUAGAUCUGUCUUGAAUUGUUUUGUCAAUAUUUUGUGUAGGCACUCUGAAUAUGUUGUAUAUUAAUUACAUUAUUAAUUAAAUUUACAUUUGCUUCAAGAGGGUUUAAUCCACUGUCUAUGGAGGUGUUUUAACUCAGUCUGUUAAAAGAUAUACCAUUUUGCUUUCUACCAUUUUGGUUUGUUGUACUUCGUUUUAUACUUAAUGUAUAAGACAUGCAGAAUAAACAGAAACAUUUAAUCAUA